AUGGCUCCUGCCGACUGCACUAAUCCCAGAAACGUGGCGCAAAUCGAAGAUGGCAUUGGAGACAAGAUUGGGAUGUUGGCUAGAGGUGUGACAGUGUUCAUCGCCAGCGCUGUCAUCGCCUUCGCGUUCAGCUGGCGCAUCACCCUCGUAUGCAUUAUGGACGGUCCUGUGAGUGCCAUAACCAUGGCCAUCAUGUCACGGCUGUCCUCACCGUCCAUGCAAGCAAUGAUGUCAGUUUCUGGUGAAGCUGGCGCAAUCGCGGAGAAGCAGUGA